GCGUAAGGAUCCAAAGGAACGAAACCAAAGUCUGAAAACAAGCAAGAGCAAGAGGUCAAAAAGGCAGCUCUAGACUCACCGGCAGCAGCAGAAGACUGUCCAACAUGGCUGAACACUCCUCUGAUGAAGUGGUAUUCAACAAGCCUAAGGUUGAGCUGCAUGUGCACCUCGAUGGAGCCAUCAGAGUUCCAACUAUUCUUGAUAUUGCUAAACGACGAGGCAUCCCUCUUCCUGCAAACACAGUGGAAGAAAUGAAACAGCGUGUUGUUGUGGAGACACCAGGCACCCUCACAAGUUUCUUGGGGAAGUUUGCAGAGUACAUGCACGUGGUUGCUGGAGACAGGGAGGCCAUAAAGAGGAUCGCCUACGAGUUUGUCCAAGACAAAGCUAAGGAGGGAGUGAUUUAUGUUGAGGUCAGAUACAGCCCACACUUACUGGCAAACACCAAAGUGGAUCCAAUUCCAUGGGACCAGAAAGAAGGCGACCUGAGCCCGGAUGAGGUGGUGCACCUGGUCAACGAGGGCCUCAGCGAGGGGGAAAGGGCCUUCAAUAUUAAAGCCAGGUCCAUUCUAUGCUGCAUGCGCCACAUGCCAAGCUGGUCCAUGGACAUUAUAGAGCUGUGUAAGAAAUAUCGCCAUGAAGGAGUAGUCGCCAUCGACCUGGCAGGUGAUGAGUCACUCGACUGUGAAACCAACUCAGGACACAAGCAAGCCUACGAGGAAGCAGUGAGAUGUGGCGUCCACAGGACUGUGCAUGCAGGAGAAGUUGGUCCUCCGUCUGUGGUGAAGGAGGCUGUAGAUGUACUGAAAGCUGAGCGAGUUGGACACGGCUACAGAACCCUGGAAGACCAGGAGUUGUAUCGAAAACUGCUGGAUCGGGAUAUGCACUUUGAGGUGUGUCCUAUUUCCAGUAAGCUGACAGGCGCCUGUAACCCAGACUUCACCAAGCAUCCUGUUAUAACGUUCAGGAAGGACAAAGCAAACUACUCCCUGAAUACAGACGACCCUCUGAUCUUCAACUCCACCCUGCACCUCGACUACAACACCGCACACAAAUACAUGGGAUUCACUGAGGAGGAAUUCAAACGGCUGAACAUCUGCUCUGCAAAGUCGUCCUUCCUGCCUGAAGAUGAGAAGACAGAGCUCCUCCACAGACUGUACAAGGCCUAUGGGAUGAUACAAAGCACUGCCUUUUAAACACAAGGAAAAUAACGCCUAACCCAGGAAAAAACACUGUGAACAUUUAACCUCCUAACAUGACACCAUCGAAUGUCUUUACAUCCAUCUUUAUACAAACAAACUUUGAGCAUACUGAACGAGAUAUUAUAUCUAAAAUACUGUAUAUAAUGCUGCUGCCUUCACACCACUUACCUGUACUUCAUGUUUUUUCUUCAGUAUUUCAUGGAAGUCUCAAAAGAUCUUUCAUAGUUUACAGAGAUGAUCCAGGCGAUGUCACUGUGAUCUGCAAGCUGCAAAAAUACAACGUGUCUUUUGUUCAUUAAUUACUCAGAAACCACUUUUUCUAAUGCUCAGGGUUUAGAAGCUCAAAGGAUGGAGGUUUUGUAUGAAGUGAGUCUGAAAGUUAUGUCAACAUUUUCUUAUUAACAAGAAACAAAGUAAAAGGACUGUCAGAUCAGGAGGACAACCAGUAGUAUUUUAAAAAUGGUAACCUAUUAGUUACGGUAAAAAACAGCCAAUUCUAGCAUUCAGCCACUCCAUUUAUUUAAAGGUAAAGAUCUUAAUAAAAAUGACUCGGUGCAAAGACAUAACUUCAUGAGAAAGAAACUAAGCAGCAAAACAAUAAUAAAACAAUUAAUACUUAAAUGCAUGUUAACAUUGCAAGUUUAGAAGAAUUCUACAAAUAUUUUGGUAGCUAAGAAGCAAAAUCUAGAGAGCAGAUAAGAAGAAAUUUCUAUACAAAAUUUAAUUUAUGAUGGUAUUAUUCCAAGUUAACUGUGGGCCAAAAAAAAUCUUAAAACAUGUUUAUAGCAAGAAGUAAAUGCCUUGAAAAACUGUGCUGGCCAAGAAUCAGACUCUUACAUACACUUGCUAGAAGAAAAAUGUCUUUAUACCAAAACAUAUGAUAUUUUUCUAAUUCUUAGAUGAACUUUUUUGAUUAGAUACAUCUAGUUUACAUUUUAUUUAGCUUAAAAGUAAAUUCUAAGCCAACGUAAGGUAGCAUACAUGUCAACUGAGCCAAAUUAUAUAAUUUAGCUAUAACUCAUUGUAGCCUCAGUAAAUCUUAACCAAAGUAACUGCAGUUUUAUUUAAAAGUGUUGUACUCUAUUAUGUCUGGAUAAACUAUCAUUUUUCAUUGUAGCUUUCUUCACUGCAUUUUUAUAAGUGAGCAGUGGUAAUUUCGUUGACAAAAAAUGUUAGUCGCCUAACUUUUUUUUUUUUAAAGAUUUAUUUUUGGGCCUUUUCAUGCCUUAUUUGAUAGAGGAAGGAAAAUGGAUAGAUUUGGAAACAGGGAAGAGAGUGGGGAGAGACAUGCAGUAAAGGGCUACUGGCCGGAUUUGAACCUGAGCCGCCCGCGUACAUGGGUAGCGCCCUAAACCACUCAACCAUCUGCACUCUGUGCCUAACUUUUUUUUUUAACAUCAGAAACACAAGACUAGCUUAUAGUAGAUCUUUGAUGGAGAAACCUCUGAUGAAAAGUAAGUUUGUCAAGAUGACUAAAACAAAACUUAAAUGUAAUGUAGUUUAAAUCGGAUAUCGAAAAUCCGUAUCUCUUCACUGUAGGGAAAUCCAUCAAAACAAAAUGCAUUUGUGGCUCUUUUGCCUCUCAGCUGUAAAAAGCAGGUAUCCUAGAUGUAGCAUAGCACACAAAACACGAAUUUAGCAACAGAUUCAGGCAAAGAGAAUGAAUGUUUUGGGUGAAGGAACUACUAAAAUUCAAGGACUUUUUAUUGACUUGAACUGGACUCAAUGGUCAUGAUGCUUAGGUCGACUAAAACUAGACCAGAACUAUAAAGGGUAAAAAUGACUAAUAUGCGAGUAAAACUAAUGAAAGUUUCAGUCUACAGCCCAGGACUAUGGCUAAAAUUAAGAAUAGCUAUCAAAAUAAACAGAGUAAAUUUGGGUAGAUUACUUAUGAAUAUUCAAUUGGCUAAGAAGUACAUUUCAAUUCAUGUAAGCUACUAGGUACCUACUAUUAAGCAAAAAAUAUUAAACUUUCUUUUACAAACCAAGAGUAAAUUCAUACAUUUUAUCGGCCAUUAAAGCAAAAUGAAACAUGCUUACAUUAGUUAUGAAGAAAAUUUCUCAAUUUAAAAAUACUAUCAAAUUCCCAGUGAUAUUUUAGUAGUAUUAGUAGCAAAGGCUAGCCUACAAUACGUUAGCUUUGCAUUAAAUUCCUAGGCUAGAAGUAAAAAUAACGUUAGCUAACAAUUUAAGAUUUACAAAGUUGCACUUUGGCUUGAAAUCUUAACUGCUGAAUUAAAAAAGACGCUAUUUCAAUUUAAAAGAGUCUAUUCUCUCUCAAUCUAACUGUAACAUUAGCUAGCAAGUGGCAAAAUGCUAAUGUUAGCUGUUGCUUAAGUAGCUAAUGGUUACAAAAACGGCCGUUUUAGUUUCAAAUAUCUCCGGACUCGGCCUCAGAUUUCCUUGAUUUAUUGGCUCCUUAGCUUUGGAUUCAUUUCAACACAACUGAUAUAAAUUGUCAAAUAAAGAAAAUUUCAUUUAGUAACAGCACUGUGACAUUUUCGCAUACCUCACACCAUAACGGUGAGAAAAACGGCCGCCGUGUUAUUUUAGCUAAUGAUGCAUAUUAGAAAAUUAAAACCGUUGAGAACAAGCCUCUCUUUGCGUUUACAUUCAGUAUAUAAAAGAUAACCUGGUAAAUUUUGUACGCACAAAAAUUCACCUGUUGUAGCACUAGUCAGCCUGUAAGAGAAGGAAAAUGGAGAUUUCUUUUGUCUUAGCUUAAACAUGAAGGUGACCCAAAAGUCUGUGGGUUCAUUUGAAUGCUGUACACGGCUUAAAAUGUGACCUUCCAUGGAAAUGAAUGCUCCUGCAGGGUGAAUUAUGGGACUAUUUUCACCCUUCAUAUGCAGAAGUGCAACAUAAAUCAGGCUAGAGUCUUACAUUUGAACAGUAGGUGGCACACUCCUGCCAUCUCAAUAGACUUGCCAGAUUGAUUGUAAUGCUUUUGCAUAUCAUAAUUACUUACUCUUCUUAUGUUUAUAUUUAUUUAAAAUGUUUUUUUUUUUCAUUCCACUAAGCAAAUAAAGCACAACCAUUUAUAACGAACACAUUUGUAACACAAAA